AUGGACGAUGCUGCUGUGCUUAAGAAAAAGGGUUAUAUUUUGGGGAGCACCUUGGGCGAGAGCUCCUUCGCCAAAGUGAAGUCGGCGUACUCGGAGCGGCUGAAAAUCAACGUGGCGGUGAAGAUCACUGACCGGAGGAAAGUGCCCAACGAGUUCUUGGAGAAAUUUCUCCCUCGGGAGCUGGAGAUCUUGUCGACCGUGAACCACUGCUCCAUCAUCAAGAUCUACGAGAUCUUCGAGACGGCCGGGAAAGUCUACAUCGUGAUGGAACUUGGCAUCCAGGGGGAUUUACUGGAGUUUAUUAAGAGCAACCGCGGACUGCCGGAAGAAGUGGCAUGCCGGAUGUUCCGUCAGCUCUGCUGUGCGGUCAAAUACUGCCACGAUUUAGACGUGGUCCACCGUGACCUGAAAUGUGACAAUAUCCUCCUUGACAAGGACAUGAACGUCAAACUGUCAGAUUUCGGCUUUUCCAAGCGCUGUUUCCGAGAUGGGAACGGUAAGAUCGUCCCCAGCGAGACCUUUUGCGGCUCGGCAGCAUACGCCGCUCCGGAGGUGAUCCAGGGGAUUCCUUACCACCCCAAAGUUUACGACAUGUGGAGCCUAGGGGUGAUCCUGUACGUCAUGGUAUCUGGAUUCAUGCCGUACGACGACUCGAACGUUAAACGGAUGCUCCGCCUGCAGAAGGAACACCGGAUCCUUUUUCCUGAGUUUCUGAGCCUGGAAUGCAAAGAUCUGAUCUUCCACAUGCUACAGCCGGACGUUUCUCACCGGCUACGGGUGGAAGAGGUUCUAAACCACCCUUGGGUGCAAGGCAAGCACCUGAAGUCCUUCAAAUUGCGAGAUUAGUAGCCAGAUGGUAAAUUGCAAACCUAAAAUGUUAUCCGGAAUACUUAUUGCUUUGCAGAAAUGCAGUAAACCUGAAAAAAAAAAUCUUUUCCUUCAAGCAGCCCUUGGCCAGUGUUCUUUCCUUAUUACAUCCUCCUCCCCUUUUUUUUAAGGCGUGCAGGUCAUCCUGGAAUUACGACCAUCUGCUUAGUGACCGUUCCAAAGUGACGACAGGCCUGAA